CUCUCCUCCUCUGGAAACAUAGUAAUACUAACAGCAACGGAAAGGCGUCUCCUUGGAGCCCUCCCUAUCUUCCAUCCAAGGAUCAAAUGGGUCUUCUCGACCAACUGUGGGACGACACCGUCGCCGGGCCUCCGCCCGUCGGCAAGCUCCGCAAGUACAACUCCUUUUCCCUUUCAUCCUCCGCUGCUGCUUCUUCCGUCGCCGCCGCCGCCGCUGGCGGCGUUGCUCAGGUCACCCGCAGCGUCACCAUCCUGCGCACCGCGUCCUCCUCCGCCGCCACCUCUCCCCGCUCUCCCUCCUCGCCGGCCAGCGCCCCGGACUCCCCCCUCGCGCCGCCGGGGCCGUGGGGAGACUGGAAGCGGUUGCGGAGAAAACCGGUGCCGGUGGCUGAGGGAGCGGGGAUGGCCGAGCCGAGAAGCCCCACCGUCUAUGACUGGGUGGUGAUAAGUUCUCUAGACAGAUGAAAGUGAGAUGGGGGAGAAAGCUUGCUAGGAAAGCUAAGAGAAGAAGAAGACAGUUGCAGACAAGGAGUUGCCGUCAGCUUUGUUUGUAUCUUGAUCUGUGCAUAUGAUGCAGGUUUUUGUAGCUAUAAGAAAGCAGUGGAAGGAGUCAGGAAAAAGUUUGUAGGAGACUUUUGAGCCAUGGAGGGCACAGCAUGGACCUAUGCAAUCAUUUCCCCCACUUGGCUUUGUCCCCUCCUCCUGUUUGUAAUCUUUGUGCUUGUGAAUUAAUCGGUGGGUCUUCUGUUCAA